CUAUGUGCAGCGUUUUAUCCACUACAUACACUUUGCCCAUCACUUAGUUGUGGGUGCUGCGUCUUUAAGACGGGCUCAGCAUUUCACAAGGUCUGCUGCGUGAGUUGGUUGAAACCAAGUCUAGCUGUUGGGAGUGAGCAUUGUAGGUCUGCUUUUGGGAUGUUUACUACAUCAACUUGUUAUUUUUUUCUGUCGGUUAAUGUGUACCUAUGAAUUAACUGUAUUGACUACAAAUUUGUGAUAGAGGAGUUUACAGACCAGUGUAGUCACAACGGUUCUGAAGUGGGAAAACAACAUCAUACAUAAGGGCCUGCUGCUGUUUACUAGGUAUAGGAGGGACAACAACAGGGAAAGGGAGAGAGAGAUUGACCGCUUCUGCUAAAGUAAAGGUGACAGUAGGCUACGAGGAUUAUUAGCCGCACGGAUGCACGUUUUGGUUUCUUUUUAGGACAUUGGAUAUGACCGUUUUAUUAACUGUUGACCCCUUUCACUGGCACUGACUGGCUUUGGAGGCAUCGGAUGCUAGUAUCAAAAUUUGAGUCGGUCACUGCAUAAAAAGUGGACACAGUGGUGAUUUUGGUACUUCUUGCAACCACAAAACUACACAUUUGCCAAGAACUACACUAAUAUUGCCAGAAUGAUGAACUUAGACUUGUGGUGGGCUAAGUUGCAAAGUUGCAAAAUCAAUUAUUUUUCAGAGGUUGGGAUCAACUUGUCACCAGACUCAUUUGACCAGUUGGAAGCACUUGCAGGAUUACAGUAUAUACUUAAAUGUUGGGUGUCUGGCACAUCCUAACACAAAUUCAAGUGCAAAAGACCAUGUGUAACUGGGUUGUUACCAUUACAAACACUUAGAUGCGUAUGGAGAAUAAAUGAAUGAGACCAGGUUUCUUCAGUUAUGUCCAAACAGAAUGUGUGGAAAGAAUACACUAUAGAAAUUUGAGCCACGGAUAUGCCAUGACAACAGAUGGAAAGUGUAAAUGGAAAUUCUAACAGGCCUGACUGCUUGAGUAUUAAAGACGUCUACAUCCAGCAUUGGUUGGGACAGGGACUUGUGGGAAGAAUGGAAGGCCGAGGAGCCGAGGAGACUGAAAACACCUCCUUGCCUAGAGACUUUUCUUCCAAUAAUAUGUUGGAAAACUCUAGUGAACAGCUUGAUUUUGAGAUGGUCUUGCCCAAGAUUGGUGGUUUUGGUCGGCAGCAACAUCUAUUGGUUGUCCUCACAUGGCUCCCAAAUAUUUUUAUUGCAUUUAACCUGUUCUCAGACAUUUUUUUCACCCUCACGCCAGAUCACCAUUGCAGGGUGACACGAACUGAGCUGCCAGAUUUCCUUGUGAAUGCUACUGAGGAAGAACUGCUGAAUGCUACCAUUCCUCUAGAGCGGGAUGACAAUGGAGAAUGGGUUAGGAGCCAGUGCAACAAAUUUCAUUACACUAACAUAUCUCUGAAGGAGAAUAUAAAAUGCACUGAUGGUUGGGACUUCUUGAACUUUCAGGCCCUCGAUACGAACAUGGUCACACAGUGGAACCUUGUAUGUGACAAUUAUUGGGAAGUACCCGUGGAAGAGGUCUGCUUCAUUAUUGGAUUCCUAACUGGCUACUUGUUCAUGGGAUAUGCAGCUGACAGGAUAGGACGCAAGAAGACAUUUAUCCUGGCUCUGAUCCUCUCCAUUCUUUGGGGAACUUUAUUGCUUGCCUCCUCUACUCCUGCUGUGUUUAUUCUGAUGAGAUUUUUUCUGGGAUCCUCACUGGCAGGCUUGUACCUCUCCUUGUACAUUAUGAGGCUGGAGCUGUGUGACCCACCUCACCGGCUGAUGAUUACUAUGAUAGCUGGCUUCUUCACUGUUGGUGGGCAGUUCUUGCUACUGGGGUUGGCUGUUGGAUGCAAGGACUGGCGGGUAUUGCAAGGAGUCAUUAUCUCUCCUCUGGCUCUCUUCUUGGCUUAUAGCUGUCCACAAGUUCUCUUUGAAUCUCCUCGUUGGCUGUUGGCAUCAAAGCAGAUUCCUGAAGCCAAAGCUGUCCUGCGAUCCUUUGUGGAAAAGAACAGUAGUGGACUUGGUAGUGAGAUUCUAGAUGCAGAAGAAAUACUGUCUGAACUUGACACUGCCUAUCACUAUGAGGGAUCCAUGUGGCACCACUCCAUUACCAAGCUUUUGCAGAGCCGCAACAUUUGGAAGAAUUUGUUGAUACUUGGAUUCACCACAUUUAUUGGACAUGGUAUUCACCAUUGCUAUGGCACCUUUCGAAAGAAUGUUCAGGGAACAAAGUCAGGAUUUUACCUAUCUUACCUACUCUCAGCUGGAACUGGAGUGCUGGCAUGCCUUUUCCUGUGUUUUACAGUUGACCGUUUUGGGCGUCGAGGAAUUCUUCUCCUCAGUAUGACCAUGACCGGUAUCUCCUCCCUUGUGCUACUUGGACUCAUUGAGUAUUUAAAUGAGGCUGCUAUAAUGACAUUCUCAAUCCUGGGUCUCUUCUCAUCCCAUGCUGCUGCUUCUCUCAGUGUCUUCUUUGCAGCUGAAGUUAUACCAACAGUCAUAAGAGGUGAAGGCUUGGGGAUUAUCUUGGCACUGGCUUCACUAGGAAAGCUGAGUUCCCCUAUCAUGGAUCUCCACAAUGAACAUGGCUACUUCCUGCACCAUGUGGUGUAUGCAUCCUUUGCCAUCCUUUGCAUCCUUAGCAUCAUGCUUCUGCCAGAGAGCAAACGCAAGGCCUUACCAGAAUCCAUUAAGGAUGGAGAGCUUUAUCGUCGCCCUUCACUUCUGCGUCGAAGACGAGACCAUGUGCCCUUGCUAUCCACACCAAACCCAACAAUUUGAUGAAGCCUUCUUUGUUUCACUUUUGCUCAACUCCCAACACGGUGGAAUUUGCAGUGAAAAAAAAAUACGUGGCACACUUGUCUAAAAUUACUGCUAUAUCAUUAGGCAUAUGCAGUAAAUAUCACCUCUGGACACACUGCAGAGAUUUCUUCUAAAUAACUAACUCCUAGAAUGUACCAUAUUUGACACUGCGAACAAAAAAAAAAUAUGAAUUGUAGGCUACAUGGCCAUACAUGAUUUUUUUUCUAAAGAUGUAGUCAUUGCUGGUCAAUAACAGUUUGAGACCUCAUAUCUGAGGGAUAUUACAGUUGUCUGCAUUUCCAGGGUGCAUAGUUUAGUGCUAUUCAGAUGUGGAAUAGUGGGGGGCAUGUCUGCUUAUGACUAGUUAUUACUCAUGCACAGGCCAAUUAAUGUGUAUGUAUGAUGCACAGAUUACUGGCAAAUGUGUGCUUUCCAGGCCUUUAGGAAAGCUCUCUUUUCUAGGCUAUAGUGCAGUAGUGCCUUACAUGUAGACAACCACUGUAUGUAUGCUUAUCUGGCCUGGAUAAGACAUUUCAUAUGUAGGCAACUGGUGUCUACAUUUGGGGUCUGUGAAAUAUUAUUCUGCUUUCAGCAUAUUUAUAGCUGUGCUUUGUAUCUUGUAGGUAGACUGACAGAAUCGGUAUUCAGUCUGGAACUGUAAACUAUAAGGACAGUACUUUCUUCUUUGCUUAGUCACAGCUGUUCAGCUCACAUCCAUGCUAGUAAGGGUAGUUGACAUUCUCUAUGGGCAGUCCUUGUAGAUGGACAGAGUAACUUUAUUCUGCCCAUAUGCAUAAAUGAAGAGCUGUACAUUCUACAUAUUUAAGUGUAGUCCUAGAGUUUGAACAAAAUAAGCACUGUGUCUCUUGUAUAUGGACUACUGAGGGCAGUAUACACACCACAAUUGCAGCAUUUCCCUGCUUGUGGCUCAGUGGCAGGUGCAUGCCUUAGGAAGAAUGCCCUUAUUAAUAUGUAGGACGUAUGGGCACUCAUUCCCAGCCUUUACAGUGCACUCACUAGGACAACCAGCUUCUGCAGGGUGUCAUUCUCACAGUAGACUGAACUGCUUUCCCUUCUUUCUGGAUGGACAAGGUCCCAUCCCCACCCAGGUCUCUUAGCAAUGCUGGGUCAUGUAGGUCACAGUCAGGGCUUUGCCCUCCGCACCAUGAAGCUGGCUAUAACAGCUGUAUUUUUGACUUGUAGACUGCUGAGACAAGUAUAUGCUUUAGAGAUAUGCAAAUAAUUCUUGGUUAUAGUGGGCACAAAAGUAGUUACAUGGUUCAUAUAUACACACAUAUAUACAUAUAUAUAUAUAUAUAUAUAUAUAUAUAUAUAUAUACACACACACAUAAAUAUACACACACACACACACUGGUAAGGCAAGUUUGCACUUAAAAUAUGAAGUACAACAUUCUGAUACCAACUGUUGUCACAUAUAAACUUUGAGAAAGUAUGCAUUAGGCAGAGCUAAAAGGAGCAUCCUGUACUAGACCUAAAAUACUGUAUGCCACAGGGUUCUAAAGUGUUCAUGUAGAACAUACAAGGGCAGUUCUCUGCUUUAAGAAAAUGGAUUGCUGUAGUUUAUGCAAAACAUAGUGUGAAACAUAAUUGUUAGCACAGAGUAUUAUCCCGUACUCUGUGUGCAUUCUUGUUCAUGCUGUAUUCCUAAGAACAUUUCACUCUGCUUCCUGAAGUGCAUGUGUCUGUGGCCUGUGCUGCUUUGUGCUUUAGCUUAGGGCAGUUUGCAUUACCGAAUCUGUAAGUGUACUCCUCCACACUGGGUGCAGUGAACGUUCUGUGAGUAUGCUGCCUAUAUGUAGACUGAGAUACUGAGGCUACUUCACAAGUGAUUAUACCCUUCAAUACCACAGGUUCUUUAUUUGGUAGGCACCUAUGAACUAGGUUAAUGCACUAUGUAGGCACAUCAGACCUGCAGGGCCAGAUCUUAAUGAGUGCUCAACUUUCUAAUACAAGGCCUUAAGCCUUCUGUGACAUUUUCAAGGUCUGCAGUUGUUUUUAAUGAUUUCUAUUAGCUUAGACCAUGCAAUCCAGUAUUUGUCAGUUAAGAAUUAUGUACAUUUCAUAAUUUUAUGGGAUGUCUCCUGCUUCAGUACUUCUAACUGCAUUUAACAAUUACUGCUGAACAGGAUUUAAGAGUUAAAUAAUUACAAGGGAUGUCCACUACAGUGGUAGUUUCAAAGAGAAACACAUUAUUUUAUUCCAUUUAUCUAUCCACUGUGUAGAUAUGCACACUAGACAGCAUUAUUUGAAGUGAACAGUUGUACUUUCACUGGAGUUUACAUGUGCGCAGAUCUUGCAGUGAUGGUGACUGUGACAGCAGAUACAGCUUGCAUCUUUCAGGAGCUGUAAGCCCACUGAAUCUUUUUCUGACAUCUGUUGGAUUUUGUCCCUCAGUUCUUGUUGUAAUUUUCGGCAGAUGUUUGUACCCUUGCAAUAUAGUGCACACACUGGGCUCCUACUGAUUUUGUUGCUUCAUUUCAUUAUUGCCUACCACAUUCUUAAGGGUCACAAGAUCAUGACAUUGUUGGCUCAGAAACAAAAGUUGAAAUGUUGAUGGCCAAAACCUAAAUAGAUUAAAGUAAGAUGACUAAGUAUUGAA